AUGGAGCCUGUGGGUAUGGAGCCUGUGGGUAUGGAGUCUGUGGGUAUGGAGCCUGUGGGUAUGGAGCCUGUGGGUAUGGAGCCUGUGGGUAUGGAGUCUGUGGGUAUGGAGCCUGUGGGUAUGGAGCCUGUGGGUAUGGAGCCUGUGGGUAUGGAGUCUGUGGGUAUGGAGCCUGUGGGUAUGGAGCCUGUGGGUAUGGAGCCUGUGGAUAUGGAGCCUGUGGGUAUGGAGCCUGUGGAUAUGGAGCCUGUGGGUAUGGAGUCUGUGGGUAUGGAGUCUGUGGGUAUGGAGUCUGUGGGUAUGGAGCCUGUGGAUAUGGAGCCUGUGGAUAUGGAGCCUGUGGGUAUGGAGCCUGUGGAUAUGGAGCCUGUGGAUAUGGAGCCUGUGGAUAUGGAGCCUGUGGGUAUGGAGCCUGUGGGUAUGGAGCCUGUGGGUAUGGAGCCUGUGGGUAUGGAGCCUGUGGGUAUGGAGCCUGUGGAUAUGGAGCCUGUGGAUAUGGAGCCUGUGGGUAUGGAGCCUGUGGAUAUGGAGCCUGUGGGUAUGGAGCCUGUGUAUAUGGAGCCUGUGGAUAUGGAGCCUGUGGAUAUGGAGCCUGUGGGUAUGGAGCCUGUGGAUAUGGAGCCUGUGGGUAUGGAGCCUGUGUAUAUGGAGCCUGUGGAUAUGGAGCCUGUGGAUAUGGAGUCCAGAACGUUACAGGUGGUCAACAGCCGUCUCCCUUCCAUUUCAUCUCCCCCGAAACUUCUAUUCAAACUUCAGCUCUCUAUUCAAAUGGCAAAACAGCAAUUUUCCCUCCUGCUAUUAUGUGCUGACGCAUCUAAAUGA